AUGGUCAGCCAGGGAUUUGAUCUUUGCCAAGACCUAUGGACGAAAGCAUCCGACAUCAUUAUCAAGUUCGACACUCUGGAUGUUUGGAACGAAGGCAUUACGGAUGGCUCUGCGUUGGUUGGCCCUCAACACACGAUAGUCAUCACCGACUACCUUGAGUUCAUCGGCAUGAUCGAUCACUUCCGAUUUGAUGUCAAGGUGCCGGACACCACGAAUACAUCUGAUCCAGCAACCAUGGCCAGGAUUCAACGAGCCUUUGAUAUUCAAAGAGUAAAUCUAUGCGUCACCUACUACUGUCUGAAGCUAGUGCUGCUCCAGAGAUUCUACGAUGGCGGAGUAGCUGAGCACCUAGGCGUUCCUGGCCGGGCAUACGGGAUUGCGUUGAGAAAGAUCGAUGUCGCUAGUGACAUGGUCCGCAUACUAUCAGAAGCAUCCUUCGAGUCCCUUCAAGUGAAUGGAGAGCCUUGCGUGCAAAUGAUUCGACGAAUGGGAGCAACUCUACUCAGCAUUGUACAAGAGACCGAUAACACAUCCCUGAAGGAACGUGCGAAGUCGUUGUUCCUCACCCUCUUAGAUGUGCUAUCGAGACUGGAUUCUCGCGUCUCCGAGGAGCUCGACUAUAAUCGCGGCUUCUAG